GAAGUGUGUGACCUUUGGACCGGGGCUAGUUGUGAGGGGAGCGGUGCGCGUGCUCAGGCCGACAGUGCGAGCUCAGUUCCCGGGUGAAUAGUUGUUGUUAGGUCGGUGGAUUCUGAGAGGAGAUUAUGCAGGCUGUGGAGAAUAUCCAAAAAGUCCUCUCUGAGCUCGACCCCUGCAAAUUAAAAGUACUGGCUCUCUCCUCUGUUGGGGUUGGAGGACUUUUGUGCUAUCUGGCAUGGAGGAGGCAGCCGAAGAAGAUCCCGUUUGGAGAUGGUUGGUGGAGGGUUGGAGAGAAGCCCUUUGCUGAAGACAGAACUAUACGUCCUUUUGUUGUGGAGACGUCUGAAGACGUGAUACAGGAUCUUUAUGAGCGUAUCGACAGAAUGAGAUACACAGACAGUCUGGAAGACGCCCGAUUCCACUACGGCUUUAACUCCACCCAUCUUAAAAAGGUGGCUUCCUAUUGGAGGCAUGAGUUUGACUGGGGGAAGCAGGUUAAGGUGCUCAACAAGUAUCCUCACUUCAAAACCAACAUUGAGGGUCUGGACGUGCACUUCAUACACGUGAAGCCGGUCCAGCGCGCCGGGCAGAAGGUUCUGCCCCUGAUGCUGGUACACGGCUGGCCCGGAUCCUUCUUCGAGUUCUAUAAAAUCAUUCCUAUGCUCACAAAGACUGAUGGAGACUUCGUCUUCGAGGUCAUCUGUCCCUCUAUUCCAGGAUACGGCUACUCUGAAGCUUCUCAGGUUCAAGGAUUCACUGCAAUUGCUGCUGCACGUAUCUUCCAUAAACUGAUGGACAGACUGGAGUUCACUGACUAUUACAUUCAAGGAGGAGACUGGGGAGCCUUCAUCACCACCAUCAUGGCUCUAAUAAAGCCUGAGUGUGUUCGGGGACUGCACCUUAACAUGGUAAACGCCAGGGCUGGAGGCGUGAAGGCUGUCAUCUCUCUCCUGCUCGGCCGCUACUUUCCUUUCCUGGUCGGCUUCACCCGAGAAGACGUCUGCCGAAUGUACCCUUUCAUGCAGAAGAAUGUGUAUGAACUUCUGCGGGAGUCUGGAUACAUGCACAUCCAAGCCACCAAACCCGACACUGCAGGCUGUGGAUUAAAUGACUCUCCAGUUGGUCUGGCCGCCUACAUCCUGGAGAAGUUCAGCUCCUGGACAGAUUUUAAGAACAGGAACCUCGAGGAUGGGGGUCUAGAGAGGAAGUACAGCCUGGAUGACCUUCUGACCAAUAUCAUGAUCUACUGGACUACAGGAUCCAUCAUCCCAUCCAUGCGCUUCUACAAGGAGAACAUGGGUUAUGACUUCCAGAAAAUAAUGACCAAUACCACAAAAGUCUCUGUACCGACCGGAUUUGCAGCGUUCCCCCACGAGCUGAUGCACUGCCCAUGGGUCUGGGCCAGCUCACGGUUCCGAGACCUCCGCUCCUUCACCUACAUGCCGCGAGGAGGGCACUUCGCGGCCUUCGAGGAGCCCAAGCUGCUGGCGCAGGACGUGCAGCAGUUUGUGAAGAAAGUGGAGAGCAGGAGGUCUAAAUAACCAGUGUGUUAUCGUGCAUUGUGGGAUUGCAUUAUUUUACAGGGAAAUGAAAAAGAAAAAGCAUGUUAAAGAAUAGAAAGUAUUAUGAUUUAAAACUUGAAAGCGUCCAAGACAAGAAACCAAUAAGCAUUCAAUAAGCUGUUGCACUUCCUUUAUAUAGUUUAUAUAUAUAUAUAAAUGCAUUAAGAAUGUUAAUCACAGUUUUUUUGCUCACAACACUGCUUUUGUACUGAUCAUAUACAUAUACAGAUAUCUUUUUGAUUUGUAUUCAAGUGAAGCAAUGUAUAUUUGAGAAAGAUUUAAUUUUUACAAUCAUUACUAUAUAAAAAUUAAUAGUGUGUGGGUUUUUUUUGUAUUAUUAUUCACAACAUUUAGAGAUAAGGAUGGCUGCCUUUACUUUCACACCCUCUCCUUCACCCGGGUAUUAAUCCCACCACCACACUACAAAAUGUAAAAGCUGCAAAUGUAAACCAUUUACAAAUAUACAUAAAGCAUCACAGUAAAUAUCAAAACAUACAAAAUAGACAGAACAUCGCUAUUGUUAUGAUAUGGAUGUUUUUUAUUUCAUUUUUCGUAUUUGACACGAUAAGUUCUGUUAUAUACCAGAUAUUUUUGUGUAUGAAAGUGAAGAAAUGUACAUUUUGAUAAAGAGUUAAUUUCUACAAA